AGUAACGGAGUAAAACGCUGAAUGUUUUCCACCGCAUAAAGUCCGCAGAGAAGAACACGAGUAUGGCAGGGUCACAGGCACAGUGGAGGCCACCACGCUCGUGUGACAUCUACUGUAGUGAAUUGAAGCACUGCAAGAGUUUAAGAAACAGGUUUCAUGAGUAUUACACCUACGGCAGAGCUCCAGACUGCCAGCAGUGGAAACAAGACUAUCAGAACUGUAAAGACUGGGAGAAAAACCACAGCACGCAAGCCAAGGAAUCUCUGCAGGAGAGCGAGAGGAAGCGGCUGGCGGAUCAGAGGAAGUUCACUCCGGUCUGGGAGCUUCGGCAAAAACCUCCAUCUGACUGGCAUCUGCCGCUUAACCAGGGCAAACCACAGGACCCUUAAACACACACACAUACACAGAAUCGCUUAUGAUGCCAGAAACACAUGAAGAAAGCACUGGAGCUGUAUGAACAUUCAGUGUAAAUCUCCUCACUCUACCUCACCUGGACCGAUGCGUUUCUGCGCUGAUAUUUCUGGUGCUCAAUGCAAGAACAGCUUCAAAAGAGUCAUCCAAAUGUACUCAAAUCAACAUUUCAGAAUAAACAUUUGAUGAGAAAGUCAAUGUAGAGCACAACAAGAAAGAUUGUUCUACUUUUGAUCAAAAUACAUACAUAAAACAUACAAAAAUUGCACCAAAUUUACAUAUUGUGCAACUAUUGAUGAUCUAAAAUGCAGCGCUGACCUAUAUUUGUCUAAUCAAAAGAUAUUUUCAUGCUCAAUGCAAAAACAAUGCUUCAAAAGACCAAUCUAAAUAUAAUAACAACAACAUUUCAGGAUGAAUAUUUGAAGUAUUUUGUUCUGCUUUUUAUCAAAAUAUGUCGCAACUUCAGAUUCGUUGUUGAUUAAAAGUGUAACACAACCACAA